AUGGAGGACCACAUUGUGUGUUCCACUGAAGUGCCAGCUGGGAACAAGGCCAGCUUCAGGGAAACAAGUCUGUCUGGUCAUGAGAGCCGUGUCCCUAGUUCUGAAGUUCUUGAAGCAAUAGAAAAUGUUAUUCAAGAUGUACUUAAAAGCUUGGCCCAAAAAAAAGCACCUGUUCUCACACUGGCUAACAGAUCAGAUUGGAGGAACAUAGAAUUUAAAGAUUCUGUAGGUCUACAGAUGAUACCACAUUGUACUACAAAACAAAUAAGAAGUGACUGCCCUAGAUCAGCACCAAAAUUUGCUCUGAUGCUCAAAAUAUUAUCUAUGAUCUAUAAGAUGGUGCAGAACAAUACUUAUGCAACUAAAAGAGAUAUAUAUUAUUCAGAUACACUACUGUUUGGUAGCCAAAGUGUUGUGGACAAUAUAAUCAAUGACAUUUCUUGCAUGCUUAAGAUACCUCGGAGAAGUCUACAUAUACUGUCUACAACUAAAGGUUUUGUUGCUGGUAAUUUAAGUUACACUGAGGAAGAUGGUACAAAAGUGAAUUGUACCUGCGGUGCAACAGCAGUCACUGUGCCAUCUAAUGUUCAAGGAAUUAAAAAUUUAAUCUCACAUGCCAAAUUUAUGUUAAUUGUAGAAAAAGAUGCAACUUUUCAGAGACUCCUGGAUGAUGACUUCUGCAAUAAAUUGUCCCCAUGUAUAAUGAUUACGGGAAGAGGCGUACCAGAUCUUAAUACACGACUUUUGGUCAGAAAGCUGUGGGAUUCUUUUCAAAUUCCUAUUUUCACCCUUAUGGAUGCAGAUCCACAUGGUGUAGAAAUAAUGUGCAUCUACAAAUAUGGAUCUGUGUCAAUGUCUUUUGAGGCCCAUCAUCUCACCGUUCCAUCUAUAAAGUGGCUUGGUCUCCUUCCAUCUGAUCUUGAGAGAUUAAAUAUACGCAAAGAUGUCCUGAUUCCAUUUACAAAGCAAGAUCAAAAUAAGUUAGCAAGUAUACGAAAGAGACCUUACAUUGCUUGUCAGCCAAUGUGGAAAAAAGAACUGGAAAUUAUGGCAGCAUCUAAACUGAAGGCUGAAAUUCAAGUUUUAACUUCUCUUUCAUCAGAUUACCUUUCCAGAGUCUAUUUACCAAACAAACUGCAAUUUGGUGGAUGGCUAUGAACGCUUGUUUGCAAAUGAAAUGUUUUUCUUGAUAUUGAUUUAUUUUGUUGACUGCUCUUAGAAAAAAUGCAGAGACAGAGGAGUAUGCUUCACAUUCUUGUUAGGUUUCUUUAUCACUGUAUUGUAUGUAGAUUAUCAUUAUCUCUUUUUCCUCUUUCAAACCAUAAGAGAAAUUACAGUUCUUUUACAGAAUACUGCUGCUUCAAUUCUGUGGCUUCUGCAGUGUAACAAUGCCAAAUGAGAUGGUACAUACAUAAAAAAAUAACGAGAUAUGUUCUUUCUGGACAGAAAAUGUUAAGUUAAAAAAUGUAUCAAGGAAUUGCUUUGCAUUCUGUCUUAAAGCACAAGA